UUUUUUAGUUUUUCAAAUAGUAUGUUAGGAAGCUAUUAAAGUAAUUUAUAUGUUAAUUAUAAAAAGUAUGAAGUAAUUGAGUAUUAAAUAUUAAAAAGUUUAAUUAAUUAAAAAAAAAAAAUUAUAAUUUGAAGUUUCAAGAUAUUGGUUCAGUUUUAUUCAAUGGCAAAUAUAAGUAAAAAGGAUGACACAUUAGCAAAUCAUGCAAUUAUAGUUAUUACAGAAGCAGAAAAACGGAUGAAUUCAGCUUUAAGUUUAAAAGAAUAUUAUACGGUUUACAUUAUAGAAACAAAAGUUGAUAGUGCCGAGUGGGCAGUAAGUAAAGGUAUUCAAAAAUUAUCAUUUGCUACUAGAAGAUAUACAGAUUUUACCAUUUUACACAGUCAUUUAGAGCAAAAAUAUCCAUGGACAAUUGUUCCUCCACUUCCAGAAAAAAAGCAGUCUUUCAUGUGGAACCGUGAUGCUGUUUCUGAUACAAUGGAUCCAGAUUUUAUUGACCGUAGAAGAGCUGCCUUAGAAAGUUUCUUGAAAAGAAUAGCUAGUCAUAUUGAAUUAGGAUUUGAUGAAACUUUUAUAAGAUUUUUAGGGGAAAAAGAAAACUGGGUGGAUGAUAAUGCUACGAGUUAUGGUAUUAUAAAGGACACUGAACAUUCAAUUAAAAAUUUUAAUUUAUCAAUACGCAAUAAAACAUCUGAUGGCCGUUUUGAAGCUAUUAAAUCUUACAGCAAUAAAUUACAGGGUUCUAUUAAUAAAGUAUUAUCAUGUCGUGCUAAGCGUGCUGAAAAUCUAUACAAUGUAGAUAUGUUACACUCCCACUAUGGAAAAAUUUUUAGUGAACUAAGUGCUGUUGAUAAUGAUGUUGGUGAUGCUGUUCAGAAAACUGGUCAUUACAUGGAUUCUAUUGCAUCAGCUAUAACUCCAGCAUUAGAAGAUGAAGAAUUUAUAAUGGAUCAAUUGAAAGAGUAUCUUGCUUUUACCAACUCUUUACACACAUUAACAAGAAAUCAUGAUUUAAUGCAUUAUAAUUUGGAUAAUUUGAAUAAUAUGUCAAACAAUAAAGAAACAAGUGGUAUUAUGUCAAGACUUUUUGGUUAUACUUCUUCAGCUGCUGGGCGUGAUGCUGCUGCAAUUGAAGCAUUAGAAAAUAGACGCAUUGAAGCAAAAAGUGACUAUGUAGAUUUUGUUGAUAAAUCAUUGGAAAACUAUAAAAUGUUUGAAAAUCAAAAAGAUAAAGACCUUAUGAAAAUCCUUAAAGACUAUGUGACAUUUCAAACCAAAUAUGCUCAAAAGGGCUUACAAACUUGGAAAAACAUAUUGCAGAGUAUUCAAAGUAUUGAAUAAAAUUGUUUUCCUACAUUCAAGUCAAUUGAAUUUUGUUUUAUAUAUUUCCUUUUUGAUAUUAUGUAACUUAAUAUAUCAUCAAACCGCUUUUAGAAGUCAAAUUUAUGUACAUCACUUUGAUGGAUUUUUUAGUACUACCAAAAAUAUUAAACUGUUAUUUAUUUAUUGCAAUAAAACUUAUAA